AUGGAGGAUUUUAGAUCUUGGGUUCAAGCCAGUGAAGGAAGUGAUAACAUAAUAACAGCAGCAUUUCGGUAUUCGAGCGGAGCUGCAACACAAGCUGGUACUGUAAUUGCCAAGCAGGGAUGUUGGUCCCUGCUCAAAGGUGGAAUUGUCUCAAAUGUCACUGCCCCAGCUCACAUUAUUUUUAAGGCUAAAAAUAGUUCGGCACAAAUUUGGGUGGACAAUGUUUCCGUACAACCAUUCACUGAAGAACAAUGGAGAUCUCACCAAGAUCAAAGAAUUUCAAUGGUACGCAAAAGGACAAUCCGUUUGAAUAUAAGCGAUGCAAAUGAUAAUGGCAAGACAUUAGGAGGCGCGAAAGUGAUCAUAAAUCUAGUCAAGCAACAUUUUCCAUUUGGAUGUUCCAUGAGCAAGAACAUUGUUAACAACCAAGCUUACCAGUCCUGGUUCUCCUCAAGGUUUCGAGUCACCACUUUUCAAAAUGAACUGAAAUGGUAUGAUAAUGAACCAACCCAAGGCAAGGAAAACUAUGCCAAUUCAGAUUAUAUGAUCAAUUUUGCCCAUUCACAUGGCAUUUCUGUAAGAGGUCACAACGUUUUCUGGGAUAAUUUUAACUUCCAACCCUAUUGGGUCAAGGGCCUUAGUCCUGAUCAGUUACGAGCAGCCGCUGAUAAAAGAAUUAACUCUGUUGUGUCAAGAUACAGAGGAGGGGUCAUUUCUUGGGAUGUUGUUAAUGAAAAUUUGCAUUUUCGCUUCUUUGAAGACAAAUUGGGUAAUGAUUUUUCAAAGUCCGCGUACUGGAAGGCUCAUCAGCUUGAUAAAGGAGCCACCUUGUUUAUGAAUGAGUACAAUACAGUAGAAGAUGGCAGAGAUCCUGCUUCACUUCCCCAGAAUUAUGUUAAAAAAUUGUGGGAAAUUCAGGGUAGUGUCGGUGGUGCCCCUAUUGGGAUCGGCUUGCAAUCUCAUUUCAGUCAAUUUCAACCAAACAUCGUUUACAUGAGAUCAGCACUCGACACGAUGGGUGCUACAAAAAUGCCAGUUUGGCUAACAGAGGUAGAUGUAAAGCCAAAUCCAAAUCAGGUAAAAUAUCUGGAACAAAUACUAAGAGAAGGCUUUGCGCAUCCUGCUGUUCAGGGGAUUGUAUUGUGGUCUGGGCCAGCCGUAGACAGCGGUUACUUCAUGACAUUAGCUGAUAAUAAGUUUAGUAAUACUCCUGGUGGAGAUUUGGUGGACAGAUUGCUCAAAGAAUGGAGAUCAGAGGAUGCAGAAUUUACAACAGAUGAUAAUGGAUUACUUGAAGUGUCAUUGUUUCAUGGAGAAUACCAAGUAACUGUUGUGCAUCCAACAACAAAUUCGUCUACUAUGCUCUCUGUUGACAUUAAUGAUAAGCUUCCUGCAAAAGAAAGUUUUCAUAUUCAUAUCCAUGUAUGA